UUAAUACUACCCGCUUUUUCUUGGGGGAACCUAAGCACUGGAACUUAGCCGAUGUCAUGCUUUUUACAAAAAUGUAGGACGGAUUAAUGAUACUAAAAUGUAGUUUUAAUUAUUAUUUAGUUUCCAUCAACAACAAAAAUAGAAGAAAAGAAAGGAAACUGGUACCAUAUCUUUUUUUGGUUUAAACACGCGGGGAUUUAGAUCAAGUUAACAAUGGAUGCUGACAGAGUACUUCAGAGCCUUGGGAAUUAUGGACGUUUCCAGAUCUUAGUAUUUCUUUGUCUGUCCUUUAUCUACAUGAGGGGAGCAUGGCCUGUCCUGGGAAGUAUAUUUCUUGGAGGGGUACCAGAUUAUUCUUGUAAAAAGUUUGCUGAUAAAAAUAAAACUAUUACAUAUGGAACUUGUGAUGUCACUCUCAGUAUUGAUGGACAGAAUACAACCCAAUCUUGUCCUAAUGGUUGGGAGUAUGGUGAUGAGUUUGAAGAAACCAUAGUGACAGAGUGGGAUCUUGUGUGUGAUAGAGAUUAUUUAAAUGAGUUGUCCACAACAAUUUACAUGGUAGGGAAUACUAUUGGGGCUACCUUCCUGACUCCACUAUCAGACAGAUUUGGAAGAAAGAAAACAAUUUUGACACUUCUGUUGAUACAAGCUGUCAUUGGUAUCUGUGCAGCUUUUGCUAAUACAUAUAUUUUGUUUACUAUCCUUCGAUUCUUUAUUGGAAUGUUAAACAUGCCUAUAGCAUUAGCUACAUAUGUAAUGGUGACAGAAUUUUUUCCUUCUAAUUUCCGCUCAUAUCCAUCAGUUGCUGUCAACUGUUCCUGGAGCAUAGGAAUUAUGGUGUUGGCUACGUUUGGAUAUUUUUUGCGAGAUUGGCAGACAUUACAGCUAGUCAUUACCAUACCUAAUUUGUUAACUAUAAUUUUUUAUUGGUUUAUUCCAGAAUCUCUUCCAUGGCUUAUUGCCAAGAAAAAAUACAAUGAAGCAGAGAGAGUGACCAAAUGGGCAAGUAAAAUCAAUGGUAUACCUUUCCCUAGACAUCUGUUCGAGGAAGCUGAGAAAGAAAAUGAAGACUCAUCAGAAAAAGGGCCCCAUAGCAGUGAAGUCCUAGUAGAAUCUGAUCAUAAACAAGCUUAUACGUUCCUAGAUCUGUUUAGAACGCCUGUCAUUAGAAGAUAUACAAUUAUUACAUUUUAUUUAUGGUUUGCUAAUAGUAUCAGCUAUUUUGGUAUAUUAUUUGCCACACCUACUUUACAUGGGAACCAGUUUCUCAACCUUGGAAUAAGUGGUGCUGUGGAGAUACCAGCACAAAUAGUUUGUGUGAUAGCCAUUAAUUUAUUAGGCAGACGAAAACCACUUAUAUUUUUCAUGUUCUUGUGUGGUAUUAUGAACAUAGUUACAAUAUUUGUUCCAGAAACAACAGAUGAUGGUACUGAUCUAAAGCCACUAAUUAUUACAUUAGCCAUGAUAGGAAAGUUUGGUAUUACUGGCUCCUAUUCAGUUACAUAUCUGUAUGGUAGUGAGAUCUUCCCAACAGUAAUCAGAAACCAUGCAGUUGGUAUAGCUUCACUGUUUGAGAAUGUUGGUGGAAUAGCGGCUCCAUUUAUAGUUUAUGGGGCAACAUCUUUAGCAAAGCUCCCACUGAUAGUAUUUGGUGGGUUGACAAUUGUUGGUGGGAUUUUAAUAUUCUUCUUGCCAGAAACACAUGGGCGACCUCUACCUGAAACGAUAGAGGAAGUUGAAAAAAUGACAAAAGAAGUUGUCUAUGACAAAACGAUAUAUCACCAGGCCAUGAGUACACAGUUGGCUGGAAUAAGAGAACAAAACACACGAUUGUAAUUGUUAUUUACAAAUCUAAGAGGUUAACUGUUCAUUAGAGAAAUCAUUUAUUUGGUUAUUGUGGGAUGUAGACAACCGAAGUUUGUCUUGUUGGAAAUUGGGUCUGUACUCUUCAAAUGCACACAAAACUGUGAUUUUGUUAUUACAUAGUGCUAUUAUCAUUAUAUUGUCACUUGAGUUUUCAAUCUUGUUCACUCACACUAGUGUUGCUUAUCUAAUUACAGUUUUUCUUUAAAGAUGUGAGUUUUCCAUCAUGAUUUCUGGACAAGCAUUUUCAUUAAAUUAACCACUACUAAUAAUGUUAUAGAAAGAAAUUUAUUUGAAAAAGCUUUCAUGAUCUCUUUGGUACAAUUGACAUUGAAACAAAUUUAUUUAACUCCUAUAUUUAAAAAAAAAAUGAUUUGAAUAAAAAAAGGAGGGACACUGUUCAACUUUGUUUUCAUCAGAGUGUUGAACUUAUUUUUCUUGAUGAGUGAGAAAUAGGAGUGGAAAUAUGUAUUUAUCAAACAUACAUCAAUUAUAUUUCACGUUAUCUUGCCAUUGCUUAGUACAGUAGACUCCACCUAAUUGGAUAUCGGCUAAACGAAUAUAUCGGCUAUUGUAAUAUUAUUUCAAAACACCAAACCCUUCCCUAUAUGUUUAAUGUUAAUUUUAUCGUGUAAUCGAAUAUCGGAUAUAAGAAUAUAUCGGCAAAUCGGAUAAGAAUAUUCAGGUCAUUUUGUUCAAAACCAUGCACAAUCGGAUAUUUCAAUGUUUUUCUGACAGGAAAUGGACCCGGAAGUUACGAAUUUACAAUCUUGCAGACAAGAAGAUUUUGUUUUUACUAAAUAAAAGGAACUAUUUCUUAAUAAAUUGUUGUCUUUAAUCAUUGUCUUCCUAUGUCAUGUGAAUUAGAUGCCCUUUUACUUCAAAUGGUUUGAAUUUAUUUAUAAAAUAUGCAAGACUCAGUUGACAAGUUGACGUUGCUGUUUGGAGAAUUUUGAUUAACUCUAAAUGUUCACAGAAUCAGAAAUAUAAUCUAAACUGAAUGUACCUCCUUCUGAAUAAUUUAUUGCAAUAUAAAUAUAAAUCCCUUUUGACAAGAGAAAUCUGACUUUUGUCAGAUAUAUUUUUUUCACAUGUGCAAAAGUAACCACAUGUCAUGGACGCCAUUUUGGAUGUUUACAAAUUUGUGAGAAAGCCUCUAGAACUAUGACCUAAAUAUAAAUAGUCUGCAGAAAACAUAAACUUUAUGCAAUAAUAUUUUAUCAAUCAUGAUUAUUUUCAUAAAUUCAAAUUUGAUUAUUUAAAGAAAUAAAAUUAUAACAAAUACGAUUUUAGUUUGGAGAUUCUACACAGACAUGCUUAGAUCUAUUUAUAGCCAAAUUAGUUUACCUGUGUGAUAAUGUAAAUAAUGGAUAUUAAUUUGCUUACAAAACAAAUAAAGACAAACUAUGGAUGGUAGAUAAUAAUUCACAUAAAUAUUUCAAGACAUUUGAUUUAUUUUAAUAAAUAAAGGAUUUAAAAACUGCAAACAAAUUUAAUCAUUACAUAAUCAGCUGAUAAUUUUUUACACAAACAUCGUGGUGAUGUAACUAAUAAAAAUCACUCCAUCAAUCCUCCAGCCCUUUCACAUAUUUAGCAAUUGUCAGGGUUAGUAACAUCUCAGGAUUAUAUCUACUCAUUAUUGCAGAAUAUUCAAUGAAUAUACAUUCAUCGUCUAAUUGAAUAUAUCGGGUAAUCGGAUAUUUUUAGCUGACAUUUUGGGUAUCCGAUUUGCCGGAGUCUACUGUAUUGUAUUCUAUGCAUUUACUAUAGUCCCAUAUCAUUUCGUAUGUGUCACUUGCCUAGCAGAGUUGACACAAUACAUCACUAUCUGUUACCUAGUGUUGUCUGUGUUAUCUACACAGUUUUGUUAUCUGCUGACCCCUCUCACAACACCCAACAUUAACCUACAAAAUUAGCAUAGACUUUCAUCAGCCAAAGAGAAUUUUUCUUUAUUUUUUUAAGAGAGAUACACACAUCUCUUUUUCACAACUCAGUCUAAGUUGCUUCAGAAUAAGAUAAGCAAAAUUGCAAAGAUUCUUCCCAGUGGUCAAAAUUGUUGUUGUUUUUAGCAUACAAAAGGACAGCCCCUAAAAGUGUUUUUAAUCCUCUGUAUCAUAACCUUAUAUUUAGUGAUUGUGCAGGUUUAUUUCUGGGGUUCCACACAUUUUCAUUUUGACAGUCAGCAGAAAUACCCUAAGUUAGUAAAUGAAAAAAAAAAUGGACCAUACCUCACUGUCUUCUCUUAAAUCUCAUGUAAAUUAUCAUAUGUUAUUAUUUUCCUAGAAGUAUGACUUGACAGUAAAAUGUAAAAAGAACUAAUAUUUUGUAGUACUGAGAAAUAAUUGAUAUAUUGUAUAGUAGACAUUUGCCUUUUGUUGAUGAGUGUUGGUUGAUCUGAAGUUGGUUUUGAUUUUUUUAUUAUUUUGUUGGUUUCCUUUCUCAUUCAUGUACUCCCCACAUCUAUAUCAUGACACAUCAUGACAAAACAAGAUAUACAUAAAUUACUUGCUAUAUUUUCUAUAAGUUUAUUAUUAUAUUUAUUAGUGCAGCUUUUGUUCCCAAUAGUGAUAAAUUUUAUUGUUAAAUUUCAAUUUUCCUUAUGUUUAUUAUCAGAUUUAUUUGUGCAGCUUUCGUUUCCAUUAGAGUUACAAUAUUUAUGUAAAAUUUUAAUUUUCUAUUUUAUACCUGUUAUAUUUGUUUGUUUUAGGAUACAUAUCUGAAUGAUCUUAAAUUUGAAUACAUUUUCUCAUCACCAAUUCAUUUAAUAUUUUUAUAGAAACAGUUAAUUCUUUGGAAUCAGUAUAACUCACCAGGUAUGCCCUUGAAAUAUAAAUGAAAAUACAUGCUCAAGUCAUUGAAUAUAGUUUUGAAGAUUUUUUAUCAUGAAAAAAAAUGGUGCCGAAUACUCACAAGUAUCCACUUUUGGGGCAUUUAUAAGUCUUUACUAAGUAGAUUGCUGUAAUUGGUGUCUACCAUUAGUUAUAAAGUUAAGAAAAGACCCAGUGGGUUACUUUGCAGCAAACUUAUAAUUUUAUUUAUAAAGAUGGUCCUUUAAAGCCAUUAUAGUUUCUAUGACAAUUUUUAAAGAACAGAAUUGAAAUUCUAUUUGGUGUUGAUACCAUUUUGACAAAUAGGAUAAAGGGAAUAAACCUCAGUUUUGUAUUUUUUUCUUUAGUAAAGUAGUUUGUUGCGACAAAUAUUAUAAUAUGGUUUUGUGAUUGUCCUUUUGAAUUUGCUUGUAAUGAUUGCUAUCUUCAAAUCAAAACUUUGACCAUUUCAAAUUUAAUUUUGUUGAAAAAAGAGAUUUUUGAAUUAUAAGGUUAGAAUUAAUAAUUGUGGUACUUCUCUAUGUUUAAUAAAAAAAUUAUCUUUUUAGAAAUUUUUGGAUAAAGUGUUCGAUUUAUUCUUGUGUUCCAUAGAAAAUACUCACAAUAAGAAGUUUAUUGGAAGGGAAUAAGAUUGCCUCAAAAAUAUAAAGAUUUUAAAGAUCAGUUAUUUUAGAAGUUUUAAGUUUCAUUGGAUGAAGAUGUUUAUAACUCCUGUUUAUCACCCAUAAUUUUAUGAAAUGAAAGAAACAAUGCUGCAUAAAAAAGUUGUACAUUUUGCCUUUUGAGGAUUACUAUGAGCCCAUCAGAGCCUCUCAUUAUUUUUAUGAUAUUAAUGUCUGUUAAGAAGUGUGUAUUGUGAUGGGGCCAGGAAAUGCAUUAAAGGUUAUGAUAUUAGCAGUUCAUGUUUCCUUUAUAAAUCCUCGUGUGUUAAUGUUAUUUUCACCUCUUUAUUAUGUAUUUGAUCUUUGCAUUUAUGAAUCUCAUGAUAACAACUGUUACAAUUUAUUUUGUUUGUUUAAUAACAUAAUUUUUGUUUUGCUUCUAGUUAAUGUUUAAUUGCUCAGCAUUUUUUAUAACUGCUUUUAUUAUGCAUUUUUUGAUGAAUUCGUUUUUGUUUUAUGUCUGAUUUUGUGGUAAGAAUGGUUUUAUAAGUUUUUGUUAAACAAAGAUAUAUAAUUCUUCAUUUGUACAGAACUUUUAAAAGAUAUCAAUCCAACAAUCUAAAAAUGAUAUUAGCUUUAACUUGCUUUUUUGUUGUACACUAACUGAAAAUUAUACAUGUUGAGCACUAAUGUCUUAUGAAAAUAUAAAAUCCAUUAAAGAAUCAAAAUCAUAUUUCAAAACACCAUUUGCAAUUUUAAGCAGAUACAUAUUCUCUUACAAAAUGUUUUUAUUUUUAUUUAGAAAUGGUUGAUGUAAAACCAUUUUUGUUUUCUUUUUGACACUGUUCUCAAGCAUGUGGGCAUUAAUAAGAAAAUGAUCUGAAGCCAUUAAGAUACCCUGUUUUGGUUAUUAAAACUUUAAAUUUUUUUAAAUAAAUAAAAAUGAAAAAAUGCAAUGGUGAUUUUGAGUGCAAGAGAUAUGUAUGUUGACAUAUAAGUAGAAUAAACCGUAUAAGACUACAAGUACUUUAAAAAUGUUUGUAUAGUUGUGUGUAGGGAAUAUAAAAUAGAGUGUAUACUUGUGUGUAGGGUGUAUACAAUAGAGUGUAUAACUGUUUACUUCAUUAUAUGUGUUUAUGGUCUUAGAAUAAAGUCAACAUUGCAUAUAAUGCAAUUACUGUCUUUUGAUGAUGUAAAUAUGUGGUUUUAUUGAAUUUUGAAAAAACUAAUAUUCACUGAGGCUAAUUGGCCGAAGUAAAUAUCAGUUUUUCAAAAGUCUCUAAAACAGUUUCAAAUAUGAUUUUUUGUUCUCAAAAUAUGAAUUUUGUUCAAAACAAAUGAUGUCAGCAAAACAGAAGAUGUCACUCUACAAAAGCAAGCUUAAAAGAAUCAAAUGCCUUCAACAUUUUAAAGCAACAGCUUUCACUUGAGUAAUGACAACAUCCAAUUUUUCAUUAAAAAUCACUUUUUGUGGUAAAUAGUUCUUAAAUUUGAUGUUACCAAAAUUUGAUACAUUUGUAUGUCAUUCAAAUUACAUAUGCAUAAAAAAAAGUUGACAUUGUCACACUUAGGUUACAAUGAUAUGAUCAAAAUGUUUGCUGUCAUUGAAGCGUGAUGUAUUUUUGUUAAUAAAAGUUUUUGGGAA